GAAGCUUUCUAAGUUAUCCAGUAUCGAUUGCAUAAAUUCCAGCUCGAUAAAACCCCCCGCAAUCAAUAUUCUCUUAGAUUGAUAAACUAUCUACUCAAAACUCUCCAGCAAUCCAUUCCAGCACUAAAAGCGACGUGGCGAGUUUCCAGCGCACAUCAGCCCCCCGGAAAUGUGGAUAAAUUCAGCUGCGUAAAGCGGACUUCUAUUGGCUUUUUCGGGAAGCUUUAGUUAGGGUGGAUCUCCUGGAUCGCGAGUGUUUUCCACGUUUUCUCAUUGUUUUUGCCGUGGAAAAACCCGUCGAUUUUCCACAUGGUAAAAGUGGCCGUGCAUGGGGGAUUCUCUAUGCGUCCAAUUUGAAAAUUUGCACCUCAAUACUCCAGAAUUGAGACGGUUUUGGAUGUGUUUAGGUUACAUUUACUUAGUGUUUUCAUGUGUGUGUUUGCAAAAACCUGCUAUGCCUAAAGGCGUUAAGACUUUGGACUAAGCAGGAUUUGACGUGUUCAGGCGAACAUGCCGGAGAAAAAGAAUAAGUUUGAAAUGAAUUUUUUUAUUAAAAGACUGGGUGGCGGCAAACGGUUCAACAAAACAUCAGAAACACAUAAAACCCCCAUUAAAAGCCCGACAAAUCGGGUGAAAAUUGCCGCUCCAUAUGCCUACGUUGAGGAAUUGGCAGUCAGUUCACCAAAUGAACGGAACUGGCGUGGAAUUUUUAUCGCACUUCUGGUUAUAGCGGCCGUUUUGGGAUUGAUCGUGUUUAGCAUCGUUCUCGUGUCGCCGCCAGAAGAAGCGCCAAGAAUAAAAGGCGUCAAACCCAACUUAGAAGAUAUUUUUGUAAAAUUACCUCCAGCCGCCAGAUUCAACGGGACCUGGAUAUCAGAUAACGAAUUUAUUUUUAAAGACAUUUAUGGUGGGAUAUCGAUAUACAAUGCCGAUAACUUAACCACAAGUGUUAUCAUGACGAAUAUUACCCUGAGACAAUAUGAGGUUGUUGAUUUUCAAGUUUCCAACGAUUUGAAGUUUAUUUUACUUAUAAGCGACGUAAUUAAGAUUUAUGAAUAUACAACGUUGGCCAAGUACUACAUAUAUGAGCUGGCCACAAGGUGGGUUCUACUUUCUACUAGGCAGAUCUGAAAAACACAUUUUUACCACCAGUGAAUAGUUUUCGUUCCUUCCUUUCUAAAAUUUCAUAUCUUUGACGCCAGUCAGCAAAAACUUGAGCUUUUCAUAUAUUAUAGAAUAGACGAAAGUUUCAA